AUGAAAUCAGGGGAUGGCGAGGUUGACGUGGACCUCCCAGACGGCCAUGUUGCGCCCGAAGAAUCUUCACCGCAGUCUCCAGCAGUUGACGAGGCCGUGGAAGCUUCGUCUGACCAUCGCGUGGAUUCUGUCGCACUGGUCAGCCCGGCGGUUCAUCUCGGUUUCUGGGCGACUGUGAUGGACCCUGUCGAUGCACCUCUAGCUGAUGAAGCCUCGUCUGGGGACGUCCCUAUGCCCGAUGUUAUCGUACUGGACUGA